CACGAGCGCUCAGCAAACAAGCCCACCGACUCCGCGCACACCCAAUUCCUCGCGGAGCAAAGUAAACGUCAUGUGGAAAACUACCGCACUGCUGGCCGCUGCACUUGCAAUCCCCACCCAGGCGCUGCACUUCUUCAUUGACGGCGCAGUCCAGAAGUGCUUCUUUGAGGAGCUACCCAAGGAUACUCUGGUCGUUGGACACUACCACGCCGAAGUAUGGGAUGAUGCGACCAAGUCCUUCCAAUCGAAGCCAGAUACCGGCGUCUUCAUCACCGUUGAGGAGACGUUCGACAACAACCACCGUAUCGUCGCCCAGCGCGGCUCUCGCGAGGGCAAGUUCACCUUUUCCGCCGCCGACUCCGGCCAGCACCGCAUUUGCGUUACCCCUCAGAACGUGCAGAGUGGAGGAUGGUUGGGCAGUGGCAUCCACGGCUCCGUCAAGUUCACACUAGAUAUGGCUAUCGGCGAGACUAGCAGGAUCGAGAGCACAGAUAAGGCACAUGUUCAGACGUUGGUCGAGAAGGUCCAGGACUUGAAUUCGAGGUUGCAGGAUGUCAGGCGCGAGCAGAUCUUCCAGAGGGAGCGCGAAGCCGAGUUCCGCGACCAGUCUGAAAGCACAAACUCCCGCGUCGUCCGAUGGACUCUAAUCCAGCUUGCUGUCCUCGGUGUCACUUGCGCGUGGCAGCUAACACAUUUGCGCGCUUUCUUCGUCAAGCAGAAGCUUGUAUAAGUUUUGGGUGUUGAUGACCAUUGAAAGUGGCAAUACUAUACAGGGAUGAAAAAGACGCAUGCUGGGUCACAUGCAUCAAUGCAUUGUACUGUAGGCUCCGGCGUUGGAAAGGGCAUCAGGUUUAGCGUUUGACAUGAACAAAUCGAAGCAUUUCUGCUCGGAUAUCUCUUUCUGCGCGUUCUGUACACAUUAUGGGAUGGCCGACGACCUCACAAGCAUGUCCAGGUGACGCGACAUGAGCAGAAUACUUCACCAAACAAUAAGCCCGC